AUGGACACUGUCAUUUCACGCGGGCCACACAGCCUGUGAACACACGCGUCGCAACCUUGCUCGCAGCAGUUGAAAGGCCCGCGGACGUGAACGAAAGUCGGAGAACGGUGCAGACACGCUCGCCAUUUGCCGCAACCUGCUGACCGAUUUGCAAAGGCUCCGAUAGAAUGCUGCACCGAAUUUCCGGCCAGGCCCCCUGCCCACAUCGUGCCGGCGGCUGCCUUGCCCUCGCUGCCGUGACCACAGCGGCGGCGGUGCCGCGCCCCGCUUUAGCGCGCAGCACUACAGCCCGCGCCGGCGCACACGAGCAGCAGGGCGUGCGUGCGCCUCAGCUGCAGGCUGCUGAGGCGCAGGAGGCGGCUGCCCAGGAGGAGGCGAAGCGAGCCAAGACACUGUCUGUGCUCCGAAGUCAGCUGGGCACGGAGUUCUUCCUCUUCGUGCUGUGGGCCGGGAUGACCUGGUACAUCAGCAGUACGGCGGCGGGCCUGCCCCCCUCCGCUGGGUCCCUGAACGCGCUGGGUCUUUUGCCGUUGGCGCCUGCCAUGCAAGCCUGCCACGCCGCCAGCAACAUGAGUCGGAUCCUGGUCUGCAUGACUAACGGGCCCCAGCCCUUCGAGGACAGGUGGAAGAGGCGGCUGUAGGUAGGGCUGUGGGGCACGUCGCAGAGAAGGCUGCGUGGGCGGGGGCUUUCUUCUGGGGAGGGUGUGGCGUCGUGGCGUUGUGUUGAGUGUAUACGCAGGCAGCCUAGGCAUUUCGCACAAAUGUUCGAUGGCCCGUGGGGGUCAUGCAUGUAGCUUGUGCACCGCUAUAGGGCGUUCGGCUGGGCGCUUGGGCUACCGGCAUAAUGGUAGUUUGGGUCUGUUUGCGGCAAGCGGUAGGACUGUUGGUUGUGUCGGUUGGAUAGCGGAGGAGGUCUGCAGUCCACUGGCCCGCUCAACUAGGCCUUUGGGCGUUGAAUGGUCUGUCCUUUGCUUUGAUAGCUCAGACAGUCAUGCCACAAGGCACUGCAAGGCACGAGAAAUGCGAAGUGGGACGCAACCCCGGAUUCCGCUGUGUACUCAAGCCCGCUGGUUUGGAUGCUGCCACGGUACAAGCCAUGCAAUGUAAGAUGCAUCUGGC